CUGGGCGCUGGCUGGGCGGGUACAAGGACCAUUGACUCCCCGGGUCUUGCGUGGUUUCUGGCCUAGGAGUGCUCUUGAUUUGGUUGCUUUCCUUUUCCUACGGAAAGGCUUAGGUCGGCUGCCAGGUCUAGGAGAUUUGGAACGCAGGCUGUUUCCUCCUUGUUUUCCGGUUCUGCCCGUGGGAGCCUUCGUUCUGGCGGAGAAGAGGAGGAAAGCGUGCGCCUGGUGACAGGCCUUUCCGCGUCGCGCUUCACACUGGUCCUAUGGUCACUCGGCGCAGCGGCAUUGAUAGAAGUGGAAAGUGAUGCCCUGACGGGGAGAGGGCUUUUCCCUAUCCACUCAUCCAAGGGCCUUCCAAACCUUGCAGAUUUAUGUAGUUGCUAGACACUCGUACCCGGAUGUUCAGCGGAGGAGGGCUUAAAUGUUGGAGAAGAGUGGGAACUAAAAUUUUAAGGGACUAAGGUGCAUUUCCAAAACAGAGUUUUGAGCACCGUCCAACACCUGCAGCGUGGAAUUUGUGAUCGUCUCUCGCCGUCCUGGGGUCUCAGCAUGUACUUCCUUUCCUGGUUAAGUCAGCUGUGCAGGGGUUUAUCCAGACCCAUCGGAAGGACAGCCCAGCCAACCUGGGGUUCUUUCUCCCGAAGUCUGGCGCUGAGUUCACAGAGGAGAAUUCCAGAAUUCAAUAGCUUUGUUGCCAGGACCAACACGUGUGGAGAGUUACGUUCUUCUCACUUAGGCCAAGAAGUCACCUUGUGUGGAUGGAUUCAGUACCGAAGGCAAAACAUCUUCCUAGUCCUAAGAGAUUGCCACGGUCUUGUUCAAGUUGUCAUUCCCCAGGAUGAGACAGCUGCUUCUGUAAAGAAGAUUCUAUGUGAAGCCCCUCUGGAAUCUGUGGUGCAAGUGUCCGGAACAGUCAUUUCCCGACCUCCAGGACAGGAAAAUGCAAAAAUGCCAACAGGUGAGAUUGAAAUCAAAGUUAAAACAGCUGAGCUUUUGAAUUCCUGCAAGAAACUGCCCUUUGAAAUUAAAGACUUUGUGAAGAAAACGGAAGCUCUUCGUUUGCAGUAUCGCUACUUAGACCUUCGUAGUUUCCAAAUGCAGUACAAUCUGCGACUGAGGUCCCAGGUGGUCAUGAAAAUGCGGGAGUACCUUUGUAAUCUCCAUGGGUUUGUGGAUAUAGAAACCCCAACACUGUUUAAGAGAACCCCAGGGGGUGCCAAAGAGUUUCUAGUACCAUCCCGGGAACCUGGAAAGUUUUAUUCUCUCCCUCAGAGUCCUCAACAGUUUAAGCAGCUUCUGAUGGUUGGUGGUUUAGACAGAUACUUUCAGGUUGCCCGAUGUUAUCGAGAUGAAGGUUCAAGACCAGACAGGCAGCCCGAGUUUACUCAGAUUGACAUAGAAAUGUCUUUUGUAGACCAGACUGGGAUCCAGAGUUUAAUUGAGGGUCUGCUCCAGUAUUCCUGGCCCAGUGACAAAGACCCUUUGGUAGUUCCUUUUCCUUCCAUGACCUUUGCUGAGGCAUUGGCCACCUACGGAACUGAUAAACCUGACACUCGCUUUGGCAUGAAGAUUGUCGAUAUCAGUAAUGUGUUCAAACACACAGAGGUCAGAUUUCUUCAAGAUGCACUUAGUAAGCCCCAAGGAGCUGUCAAAGCCAUGUGUGUCCGUGAAGGAGCAAAUUACUUAAAAAAGAAAGACAUUGAGUCCAUUAGAAAAUUUGCAGCUGACCAUUUUAAAGAGGAGGUCUUACCUGUAUUCCUAAAAAACAAGGAAAACUGGAAUUCACCAGUUGCUAAAUUCAUACUGGAGAAACAAAGAUUGGAAUUAAUUAGACUAAUGGAGAUUCAAGAAGAUGAUGUAGUCCUCCUGACUGCCGGAGAGCACAAGAAAGCAUGCUCUCUGUUGGGAAAGUUACGUCUGGCUUGUGCCGACAUUUUGGAAAUGAAUGGUAUGGUGCUCCGUGACCCAGCCCUGUUCUCCUUCCUUUGGGUGGUGGAUUUCCCACUCUUUCUUCCCAAGGAGGACAAUCCCUUGGAGCUGGAGUCAGCCCACCACCCAUUCACUGCUCCCCACCCUGGUGACAUUCACCUCCUGUACACUGAACCUGAAAAGGUUCGCAGCCAACACUAUGACUUGGUUUUAAAUGGCAGUGAGAUUGGAGGAGGUUCCAUCCGAAUUCACGAUGCAGAGCUACAGCAUUACAUCCUGGCGACACUACUGAAGGAAGAUGUGAAAUUACUGUCCCAUCUGCUCCAGGCUUUAGAUUAUGGGGCACCCCCUCAUGGAGGAAUUGCCUUAGGGUUAGACAGACUGAUGUGCCUUAUCACUGGAGCUGCAAGCAUCAGAGAUGUCAUAGCCUUCCCAAAAUCCUUCCGGGGACAUGACCUCAUGAGCAACGCCCCAGAUUCUGUUUCCUCUCAGGAACUGAAGCCCUAUCACAUCCAGGUCUCCUGGCCAGCAGACUCAGAAGCAGAAAGGAGCUCACUGAAUCAUUCACACCAUCCAGAAAGUUGAACUUGAGUUUUGUCCUCUUUGCUUCACCAAGGCUAAAAUCAAAUCUGGAUGUGUCACUCAUAUGACAAGUCUGUAGGCGAAUAUAACCCAGGAAGGAUUCUUCACAAUAAUGUAUCAAAAUUUCACAAUAUGCUUUUUUUUUUUUUUUGGUUGGGACUUUUUUGUAAGUUCCUUUUUACUUGGAGUUAAAAAUAUAUAUAUAUGGCUCUUUCGCGGGGUAUUGUGGCUUACACCUGUAAUCCCAGCAGUUCAGGAGACAAGGCAGGAGGAUCACGAGUUCCAAGCCAGCCUCAGCAAAAGCGAGAUGCUAAGCAACUCGGUGAGACCCUGUCUGUAAAUAAAAUACAAAAUAGGGCUGGGGAGUGGGUCAGUGAUUGAGUGCCCCUGGGUUUAAUAUCUGGUGCCCUACCACCGCAUCCCCACAAAAGGCUCUUUAUUGGAGUAAUAUAGUGGCUUAGUGUUUUCUAAUCAUGUUUUUCAUGUUCAGAUGGUAGAUUUACUCAGAACAGGAAAUCAAAUUAUAUAGAAAAAUGCUUGUCUCUCUAGACUGCCACUUGAUGGAGGGUUUCAGUUCAUCCAGCCCUGAUGACAUUUCAACCAUCAAUAAUAUUAAGUACCAUAAUAUAAUGCGUGUACACACACACAAAAUCAGUCAUGAAGUCUGUGUUUCACAUUAAGCAAAUUUUAUAGCCUCCCUAUUUAUGUAAAAUGCAAACAAUACUUGCCCUGAUUACUUAGUAGGGCUCUUGCAGAAGGAAAAAAGGAUUUAUGAAUCAGUAUUCUUUGUUUUCAAUUUUUAGGGAUAAUCAUUAGUCCUUGAAUAUUUUCCCUCUAUUAUAAAUACUGACCUUAGACCAACUUCAAAUAUAAAAAAUGUGGGGCUGGGGAUGUGGCUCAAGUGGUAGCGCGCUCGCCUGGCGUGCGUGCGGCCCGGGUUCGAUCCUCAGCACCACAUACAAAGAUGUUGUGUCCGCCGAGAACUAAAAAAUAAAUAAUAAAAAAAUUCUCUUUAAAAACAAAAUAUAUAUGUAUGUAUAUAUAUAUAUAUAUAAUGUGAUUUUGUUUUGAUAAAAAUAAAAAUUUAAUAAUUGCAAAAUGAGAUUAAUCUCAAUACUGAAAUUCUACUUGAUCUUCUGCCUUGAUAAAAUUCCUUUGAUUUAUAAUUUGUAAAUACUAUCAGUUUUAUGUCCUUAUUUUCUCAACACUCUAAGCAAUAUAACACUAAGAAAAUAAGACUCCACCCCAGUUAACUUGUGACACCUAGAAAGCUAUGGAGUGCUAGGCACAAUGGCACACACGCACCUAUAAUGCCAGUGACUUGGGAGGCCAAGGAAGGAUCACAAAUUCCAUGCUAGCCUCAGCAGUUAAACAAAGAACCUCUUUAUUUUAAAUAAACCUUAUUUUAAAUGAAUAAAAAUGGCUGGAGAUGUGGCUCACUGGUAAAGUGGUACUACUGGGUUCAAUUCCCAGUACAGCUUCCCUCUCACACACACACAAAAAAGCUAUGAAUGUUUUUCCCUACAACAGCAAAUUGAUUCACUAUUAGAGCUUUUCCCUAAACUUUUUUUUUUUUUUUUAACCUUGCUUGUGUCUCCCUCAUUUGCUGGUUCUUGCUGGCAGGGUUCCCUUAGUGAGGUGUCCAAUUCUGCCUGCCCUUUGUCAGUAGAAUUUCUAGAGAUGCCCUUUAUUGGAUAAGGAAAUAAAAUUUUACAUCCAUCAAUAUCA